AUGCCGGCCCGCCGGUCAAAGGUGGCGGAGGCCGCUGACAAGGCCGCUGAUGGCUCCGACUCUGACGUCGCGAGCGAGGAGGCGCUGGCGGACAUGGCCACCAGCGUGCUACUUGCCUUCGGCGACGAGGGGAGCGAGCACGAGCAGGAAGGGGGGGAGGAGGGCGACGGGGAGGAGGAGGGCGACGCGGAGGAGGAUGGGCGCGCUGAGGAGGAGGGGCGCGCUGAGGAGGAGGGGCGCGCUGAGGAGGAGGCUGGGGAGGAGGAGGCGAGCGCCGCGCCCAAGAAGCGCAGUGGAAAGUCCGCCAAGCGGAUCCUUCAGCAAGAGAAGACAAGAAUGGUCAACCGAAUGCUGCAGCUUCUACGGGCGGGAGACCCCGCUGAUUGGUCCAAGUCAUUGAGCAUGGCGGAAGCUUGGAAAACAGCCAACGUUGACAUGGGGCGGAUGAGGGAGGCUGCCGGUGCGGAGGCUAGGCCCGCGACCGCCAACUUGCUUGGCCACAGCGCACAACGUAGCCUCGCGCUGGCGUUGGUCGACCAGCUGGACCCCGACGACAGGAGGGCGCUCCGCGACAACGUGGGGAGCAUAUCGGCGACCAUCGCGGACGUUGUCGUCGCCGAGGGGGCGCUCAUCACAGCCGCCGAGAGCUUGGUCGAGAUCUGCAAGCUGGCUGGCGAGCCCCUCCGACUCAUCGUUGCAUCCUCUCGGAGCGCAGGCCGCAGCUACCUGGUCACAGACAGCGACGACACAGUGCGGAUCGUGGCGGGGGACCUGAUGGGGCAGCCCGUCGACACCGCCCGCGCAGCCCGGCGUGCUCUGGACACCUACGUAGGCUCCCUGUUUGUUGAGGGGGAGAAAAACGGGGGGAAGAGAAAACACGGGGCUAAAAAAGACGGGGAUGAAAAAGAAGGGAAACCCCUGGCGCCCAUCGUGCCCAUCUGGAAAAACAGAGAGGGCCUCCGCGAUGCACUUUGGGACAAGUACAACAAGGCAUCCGGCAGGGACAUCAGGCGCACGCCUUGGCCGGAGAUCCGCGCGCUGACAAACCCCCUCCUUGUCAAGGGCUGGCCACCGUACUCGCUGUAUGGCCGCACCUUUGGCAAGACGGCAAGCAAGGAGGAAGUGGCAAGCUUCUCGCUGUACUGGGACUGCAUUCAGCACGUCGGCGCGAGGACAAAGGCCCGCGGACCCGCUGGCAUCUGUGGCCGGCGUGACCAAGAACGGCUGGGAGGGGCAGGGCCCACGGCUGCUCAGGUCGAGGCGCUUUCUGGCUCCCCAGUCAGCGGGGUCGGCGAGGGGGCAUCGGGGAAGGUGGCCAUGGAGGCGGCGGAGGGGGUGGGGGAGGAGGUGGCAGAGAAGACGGCGGAGAAGGCGGCGGAGAAGGCGCCGGGGGAGGCUGAGGCUGGGAAGCGCAAGCGCGCAGAGGAGGGGGAGCCGGAGCAAGCGCCCCCCGAGAAGAGGGGCAAGCCCACUGCAGCCGCGGAGGAGGAGGGAUCGGAGGAGGAGGGGUCAGACGAGGAGGGAUCGGACAGGGAUAGGAAUUGGGCGGAGGAUAUGGCCACGCUAUCUCUUCGCCUGACCCAGGCCCGCCAAAUGGCGGACUAUCACGGAGGGUUCAAGGGGAGGUACGAAGCCACAGGCGGCCCCGAGGCCUCAAAGCUGCUCGACGAAACCAUGCACCUAUUCAGAAAGCUCGCGCGCUCAGAGGCCAAUGGCGGGAAAGGGUGCAAGAAGGCCAUCAGGCAAAACGUGGCAACUUUGGGGAAGGCGGCGGACCGCAUAUGGGAAGGCUACAGGGGCGUCGCAGACGACACUUACACGCGCAUGCAGGAAGCGGCAAAGCCGGGGAGACAAGAGGCAAAACAACGGGCACCCAAACCCAAGCUGGCCGCACCGAAACUGGCCAAAGGGGAGGAGUACUUGCUCAAUAACACUGAGGCGCGCAAGCACUGGCAGGUGGAGAGGGGGGAGGGCCCGCCGAAGCCUGCCUCAGUGGUGCCCUAUGCGCGCGCCACCGGCCACGGCGAGAUGCCCGGCUUCUGGAUGCCGCCACAGGCUGUGAUGGACGAGUGCGCACGCCUGGCCCAGUAUGGCGACGUCGGCCCCUUCACUCUGCCGCCGACCGUGCUUGGCCUCUACCCAAACCUGAAGGAGGCGGGGAGGGGGUGGAUGGGCGCGCCCGACAAGGCCGGCCUAGUGGGGAACAUGGGCGGCAGGCCGAAGAGCGCAAGCAAUUGGCUGUCGCUGACCAUGAUAUACACGUACGUCGACACCCUGGCAAAGUCGGCGGCCGUGACCCGGAGGGAGACAGGGCAACCCCUACAACGCAUGUGGACGGCCGGCGAGGCGCUGCUGAUCGGUGAGGGGUGUUUGGCUCCCGCAUACAUUCACCCGUCGCCAGCAGAACACGACGUUGCCCACUUCAUCCUCCACAGAAACCGCAACCAUUUCGCCUCGUACUGGUAUGACCGGACGGAUGGCCGGCAUUACUUUUACGACUCCAUGUUCGGCAAGCGAUCGGGGAAAAUGAACGCGGCCGUAUGGACCGAGGACAUUCGCUGGCGCAUCGUGGACAGGGUGCGGUGGGCCCACGUCCCCCCCAUCUAUGUGUCGCACCCCCGCCAGCAGGACAUGGACUCCUGCGGGGUUCUCUCGUGCUGCAUGGCCAGCUGGAUCAUUCACGGCACGGUGGGGGAGCGCAAUGCGAAGGGGGCGCUUGUGCUCCCGGCCACGUAUUCCACCAGUCAGGUCCACGUUGCGCGCUGGACUAUCAUGUGGACCAUUCUGCACGGGAAAGCCUCGAACAUUACGGCCGUGGGCAAGGAUCAAGGGGGCACGGAAGGCUGGGCGGCCCCUCUGUGCGAUGUGGCCAGCUGGGUGGCCGGUGGACGGAAACCACCGGCGGCCACAAGUGCAGCCACCCGCGCGGCAGAGUCGAAAACCGCAGAAGCCGUGGCAGGGAGCGCUGGCAGCAGGGAGCCGUCGGUCAAAGCGGUCGGCGGUGAUGGUUGA